AGUUAGUAAGGAUAAAAAUAAAACAUCUUUCGGUCAACCCACUUCGUGAUUAAAUUUGUAGAAAGACAUGGACAUUUUGUAAAAUGACCUGUGUACAGUUAGAACAUGUUAUGACUGAAAUGUCAUGAUUGCAGUUAUGUGGUGCUGGAAGUGCUCUGAUAUUUGUUUAAUCAACAUUUCUCUGUAAAAAAAAAGUGUCUGGAAAUCUGCAGACUUUAAGACAACAUGGCUAAAGGCUCCAACAUUUUCUCGCAAGAUGGGUCCUCAGCAUCUGUCAAUGGAAGUAGCGCUAAACAUCUUGUACCGGUUCAGGUUCAUCCAAAUAACGGAUCCACUCCAUUUUCCAAUAUUGUCCAGCCACCAUGUCAAUGGAUUCUCAAUGAAGAUUUGGGAACUUCAAGAGUGCGGAUCUGGGAUCUCAUUAUUCUGAUACCCAACGUGUUGUUUAUGAUGUUCCUGCUGUGGCGAAUCCGUACAGCUGUCGCAAAGCUAAGGAACAGCAGCAGUCCCAUCUUCUUGGCUUUCUAUGGACUGGUUUUCAUUAUCGCAGUGAUCAGUGUUUUGAGGUGUAUCGUGUCUAUGACUGUGAAUGCUUCAAUGGAAGCUGGUGACAUUGCAGACAAGGCUCUGUGGUUGGUGUUGCGCUACUUCCUCCUCUUUACAGAAUUAUCAGUUGUCACAUUUGGAUUGGCUUUUGGUCACCUGGACAGCCACACGAGUAUUCGUCGUGUUCUGAUUGUCACAUCAACAAUCGCUUUGGCUUACUCGUGUACUCAGGGAACGUUAGAGUUUAAAUUUCCUGAUUCUAAUUUCCACAUGCGGAGAGACAACACGACGGAUGAUUUUGACAUCUUCGCACAUGGAGGGAUGAUCUUCUGGUUAUCAAGUUCACUCUUCUUCUUUCUUGUAUACUCUGUUAUUGUUAUUUUGCCUCUUUCCUGCUUGAAAACAAAACUGGCACUGCCAUCCAAGAAAUCCUUUUACUACUAUUGUUCCUUCCUUGCAAUUCUGAACCUAGCUCAGGCUAUAGGAAGUGCACUAUUAUAUGCCAAUGUGCGGAAUGGAAUGUGUGUGGUGGAUGUGACAUCUUACCUGUACUUCACAUGUUUUGAUCCGCUCAUCUAUGGAACAUUUUUGAGGGAAUUUUUUAGCACAUCGGUUCCUAGCAUCCCGUUCUCAUACAAACAUCAGGUUGAUGAGCUCACAGACGAAGACACCGUCAACAUGCCGUGUCAGCCUCCAUUUGACAAGGAAGAGACGGCCGCGUUUAGCAGCAGCUUUGACAGCACCCACUUCAACCGACAGAACAGUCUGACGUCCUCACCCGUCGGCUCCCUGAACAACGGCAACCUCACUCUCAAUUCCGACUACUACCAGGAUUCAGCGUAGAUGCACCGGUUUAGUCUUGUUAGGCUGAGUGUAUAGUUGGUCUGGUGGUGAUGUGCGUCUUCAGAGAGAAUCGUUAAUUGUAUUAUUGUUUGGUGUAUAAGAUCUGUCCACAGCUAUAGAAUAUCUUAAAGAGUGAGUGCGUCAGUAGCUGGUAUAUUUUCGUAGCAACUGAUAUGGAACUCACUUGUUUAUAUGGUUUGUCCACUGGUGGUGUAGAACUUACUUACAUACCAGUUCUGUCCACGGUUGGUAUCUGUACAGAUAACUUUAAGUGGAGUUCACUUUGCAUGUUUGCAUGGUCUGUUCACAGGUGGUAUAGAAUUCAGUUGUUUACAAUGUCUGUCCAAAGCUAGUGCCUGUACAGAUAACUGGUAUAGAACUCAAGUGUAGACAAUGUCAGUCCAAAGCUAGUGCCUGUACAGAUAACUGGUAUAGAACUCAAGUGUAGACAAUGUCAGUCCAAAGCUAGUGCCUGUACAGAUAACUGGUACAGAACUCGAGUGUAGACAAUGUCAGUCCAAAGCUAGUGCCUGUACAGAUAACUGGUAUAGAAUCAAGUGUAGACAAUGUCUGUCCAAAGCUAGUGCCUGUAGAUAACUGGUAUAGAACUCAAGUGUAGACAAUGUCUGUCCAAAGCUAGUGCCUGUACAGAUAACUGGUAUAGAACUCAAGUGUAGACAAUGUCUGUCCAAAGCUAGUGCCUGUACAGAUAACUGGUAUAGAACUCAAGUGUAGACAAUGUCUGUCCAAAGUUAGUGCCUGUACAGAUAACUGGUAUAGAACUCAAGUGUAGACAAUGUCUGUCCAAAGCUAGUGCCUGUACAGAUAACUGGUAUAGAACUCAAGUGUAGACAAUGUCUGUCCAAAGUUAGUGCCUGUACAGAUAACUGGUAUAGAACUCGUGUAGACAAUGUCUGUCCAAAGCUAGUGCCUGUACAGAUAACUGGUACAGAACUCAAGUGUAGACAAUGUCAGUCCAAAGCUAGUGCCUGUACAGAUAACUGGUACAGAACUCAAUUGUUUACAAUGUCUGUCCAAAGCUAGUGCCUGUAGAUAACUGGUACAUUUACUAGGUCUGUCCAUAUCUGGUAUCUGUACAGAUAACUAGUACAGAACUAGCUGGUUUAUAAAAUAUAUACAGAGACUGGUAUAGAACUUGAUCAUUUACAAGGUUUGUCCACAGCUGGUAUCUAUACAGUUAAAAGUUUGUUUUGUUUAUCAACACCAAUAGAGCACAUACAUUUCUUAAUUGUUGACCAUUGGAUGACAAACGUGGUAAUUCUGACAUAUAGUCAUAGAGAGGAAACCUGCUACAGUUUUCAUUAUAAGGUAUCUAUACAGAGUGGUAUAGAACUCCCUUGUUUACAAGGUCUGUUCACAGAUUUCGUCUGUACAGAGACUGACAUAGAACUUGCUUGCUUACAAGGUCUGUUCACAGAUUUUGUCUGUACAGAGACUGACAUAGAACUCAUUUGUUUAUCAGAUCAAAUUUAGCCUGUGUAAUUGAUACUGUUUUGAAAAAGUGCUGAAAUGACCAUUUGUUUUGACACAAAAUAAUUGGAGUUUAAAAUGUGUUUAGAUGUUGUUGAACAAAUAUUCCAGUCCUUUCCAUUGUUCCAAAUACCAAAUGAUUCUAUCCAGCUUGAUAACAGGACAGCCACAGUGUUAUUUAUGCUAUGUUUUUGUUUUGUCAUUGCCAGUUUCUUAGUAGAUGGAAUUACUAUUAAUAGCAAAUGGUUGUGGUAUAUUUUGAACGUUUAGAAAUCUCCAAAGCUUUUACAAAUGUGAUAAUUAAUGACACGAGUGUCAAGAAAACCCUCAAAGUGUAUGGUAGAUAUCUGAUUGAAAAUAAUCAUGUGCAAAGUUUGUUCAAAUAAAUAUUAUAAUAUGCCGAUCAUGAAAAUAGUUAAUCUUAUGCAUUGUAACUUCUGUAGCUUUGCACCAUGGCUUGAAAUUUUGGUUCUUUUAAAGUUGCAAAUGUCGUAUUUUGCUACUUUUACAUGUUGUUGUGAUAAAUAACUACAUUUUAAUCUAUUCCACAUACUAUCUUUGUUUAUUAAAAAUAUGGUUCAACAUAAUUGAGUUAAAAACCAUGCGAAGCACACGUCUAAUAACAAGUCUAAUCACAUAACCAACCAAUGACGUAAUUUUGAGAAGCGAUGUCAUAACAUGAUGUUACUUACCUAGUCUUAGCUCUGUGCCUGUGAAAUAUGGAAAUUACAUUUCAUAUUUCAUUAAAAAAGUAAUGUUCAUUGUAACUUUAUUUUCUUUUGUUAUUGGUUGAUCAUUAUAAUGUUAUUUUCUAUUGAGUGAAGAUGAUGUUGCUUACCAAAAUGAGGUCAUUUCAUCGUUUACUUAUUUUAAAUAUUUUAACACUGCCCAUGUUAAAAAAACAAUAUUAAUGUGGAUAGUAAAGAAAUUAUUACACUCACAUGUGAGUCAUACUGAUUUUACGAAACGUGUGUCAUGAUUCAUGUAUUAUCCGUGCUCUUGUUUAGGCAAUACGAGAAUCCUAAUACUUGUUUUGUAAAAUCAGUACACCACACAAGCUCGUAUAAUAAUCUCUAUAUAAUUAACUUGAGAGUCUUAAAACUGUAACGUAUUGCCAUUUGGCAUCUAAAGUAUCUUCCUUGGGAAUUAUUUACAAAAACGUAAAUUAGACAAAAUAUUAAUCAUGUAUCCAUUAAAGGCAUAUUGUCACAGACCACUGACCUAUAAAAUGGCCUAACAAAGUAUUACCUGAAAAAAUAAUAUUGGAUCUAUCCCUAAAUGUACUUUAUUCAACCAUUUACGUAGCCACCAUAUUCCACUUAUUAAGGAUAUUAUAUACAAAUAAUUAAAUUAUGGCAAUGGUCCAUAAUUAAAAAACUAAAAUUGCGGAGAGGGUUGACAUGGAUUUCACUCCAUCGUGGUUCAGUUAUGGUGAUGCGAUAGCUAGAUUUGGUUUCCAAAAAUUAAUGUAAUUUGUAUUUAUUAUAAAUUUUUAGAGAAAUAAGGCCCUUAAAUCCAUGACAGUAUGCCUUUAAAAUAGCAGCCAGUUCUUUAUCAGUAUAGAGAAGUAAUUCAAAGCCAACCUGUGAUGUCACAUACAUGUACAUUGUAUUAACAUGUUGGUCACCUUUAUUGGAUUUUCCAACAAUAUAAAUUUAUAAAAUAGUAGCAAAUGAAAUUAUUUGGAUGUAAUAUUUUGUGGCCGUGUAAUUCAAGGUAUACUCUGUACACCUCACAAGAAAAAUUAAUAAAUAGUUUUGGUCAGCAAUCAACUUUGAGACUGCCUCUGUAAUGUAUCAGAUCUUGUUGAGAAUCAUGUUGGUCAGGGUCCACAGUCUUUGGUCUCAGCUGGUGGAAAUUAUCAUUGUAUUACCUAGGGCACUAGGCAAAGCUUCUGUCUGUGAGACCUGGUAACGUUUUCAAACAUUUGUUGAACGCUGGUGUGUCUGCAAUAAGCACAACAUUUAUGGAAGACACAAGGUACAUUUAAGUAUCUCUGAAAUACAUAUUUUAUGAUAUAUCAGUUUGAUGAAUAUGAGAAUUAUGUUUAAAGAUUGGCAAUGCAGUUGUCCUCAUAAAAUAACCAGAUGACUCUCUUUUUUUUUCUCUCUCUCUUUUUGUGACUAAAACCACAUGUUUUAUGCUCCACAUAAUUUGAUGAUUGUAUUGGACUAUUUGUUGUGAACUUUUACUGAUUUUAUCUUGUAUGAACUGAAAUCAAAGACUGAACAUAUCCCAUGUUUCCUACAGAUGUAUCUAUGGGGCAAGUGUUAACCCUUUAUCAGUUAAUGUGAGCCUGCCAUGCAAUCUUAUUCAGAAUGUUUCAAAGGCAUAAUAGUGAUUUUACAGCUGUGUACUUGCAUCUUUAUAGACUUAAUUUCAAAGAAAACCAUUAAAACAUUUUGUGAUCUUUAUCUUUUCUUUUUUUUUCUUUUCUGUUAUAAAGUCAUCAUUUGGAAUACAGCAGUGCUAAUAUUAUUGUGUAUAUAUAUAUAUAGUUUGUAUAAACAAAAAAGUAAGUUCACCAAAUCUAUUAUACCAAUGAUAGGAACAUCAUUCUAUCCAAUCUACUACUUAAAUACAGUGUUUCUGAUACUUCCAGUUAAACUUUUAAUCGAAUAAUCCUGAGUAUUAAUUAUUCUCUUUUUCUAGCUAAUUUCCACAAGGUUAUAUCAAGGUUAAGUCAUUGAGGAUAUGACUUUUUUUUUUUUUUUUGGUUGGUUAACAGUUGUGCUAAAACAUAAAUUUGAGCAAUGGUCACUUCUUUACAAUAUUUUGGUUUAUUCCUGCAGUAGUAACAGUAAAUUGUGUGUUUUAUUAUUCACCGCCAUUGUAUAUAUUUCAUCUUUGUAUUGUUUCAUUUCAUAUAUACGUCUGUUCCUGCACUGGGCCCCAUUCCACGAAGCGAUCUUAGCCCUAAGAUUACCGUAAGCGCAUAGCUACCCUAUGCACUUCAUUUGAUCUUAGGGCUAAGAUCGCUUCGUGGAACGGGGCCCUGGACAGUUAUUUCAAUAUUCCAUGAUUAUAUAAUAUGAGUAUCUACAUCAGUUACAAAGUUGAUUAUUUGUAAAUAUAUAAUUAUAUUCUGUACAUGAUCAGCCCAACUUACGUAAGUAAUUAUUUACUUAAUUUUAAUGUCUCAGUUGUUUAUUUAUUGUGCAUUAUACUAGAAACACCAUUCAGACCCUCAUUUUGUCCCCGCCCCUAAAAAUGUCUAUAUUUGUACAUUAUACAAGAAGCACCAACAUGUCCCACAUUUUGCGCUCCUCACCGCUAAAGUUAUUUGUACAUUAUACAAGAGCAAUAUCAGGUCCCUUAUUUUGCACAUACACCCCUACCCUGCUAUAUUAUUAUUAUAUUUAAUUAUACCAAAAUCACCAAUAGGUCCCUUGUGGUGUGCCACCCCACCUGCAAGUUAUCUGUCCAUUAUACCAGAAGCAACAUCAAGUCUUGUACAUGUAUUCUGUGCUCUUCCUCCAAGUUAUUAUUUGAAUAUUUUACCAGAAGCACCAAAACUAAACACAUACCACAUUUUGUGGACCCCAAAAGGUUUUUUUGUUUUGUUUUGUUAAAUCACUGGCUAAUAAGAAAUUAAAAAUCACAUUAUAUGUGUAUUUUGUCAAUAGCAAUGUCCUGUGCUAUAAUGAACUGUGUGACUAUUAUAACACUAAAUAAGACGAUUGUAUGGUAUUACAUCCAAAUUAUGAAAUCGAGAAAUACCUUCAAGACAUUUUGCAUGAAGUUGUGUUGAAGUAAUCUACUGAAUAAUAAAACUUUAUUAUCCUUCAAAAUGUAUCAUAUUUAAUUAUUAUAAAUGUGUGUUGGAGCCAAAGCAGAAACAAUGAAUCCUUACAAAGAUCUUAAAAUAGAACAAGGAGAUUUUUAACAUCAAGUAGUCACUAACAAAAUGCUCCAUACUUUAUUGUGGAAACAAAGAAACAAAAACUAAGGAAAAGACCAUGAUGAUUUAAAAAAAAAAUUGUAUGUAUGUCUACAGACUGAGUAGAAGUAGAAGGGGAUAUAUAUAUUGGUGAAGAAUUUUAGUUUUCAUCACAUAAAACCAAAAUUGUUGGUACAUAAUAUUUGUUAUAUCUUAUUGGUUAAUAAUGAAAUGAUGUCUCUCUUCAUAGAAGUAAAGAGUUAUGGUUUUCUACUGUUUUGUCAGUCCAGCCAUCACAGAUUUAAACCUAAAAUUAGUUGGGCUUUAUUUUUUCAUAGUUUUCUUUUCUUUCUUUUUAUUCUUUUUUUUUUUCUUUCUUUUUUCUUUUUAUAUUGAAUCAUAUUUGGCAUAGAGAAUUGCUAUCAUUUGUUUGACCCUUAUGGCAUUAUAUUUAGCUGCUUACUUGUAUAAUUUUGCUCCGACAAUGAUGGUCACCAUUUUCUUUAGUUAAACUGGUAGUAUAAUGUCGAAUUGUCAUGAUCUGACAAUGAUCAAACAUGUAUUUUGUUACAUGUUUCGUGUCGCCACAUAGAACUGCUUGUAUAUCAAUAUUUAUUGUGCAAUAUAUUUGUUUUCUUUUGAUGUAGAACUUGCAGUUUAUUUGUCCGUGAAAUGGUCAAGCAGUGUCAUAGAGUUCAGGGUAAUUUUUAUGAAUAUAUUUAUGAAAAUGAUGCUACAUUUAUAAUAUACACCAUAUAUAUGUACACCUUAAAAUAUGGAUAAUCAAAAUGGCUUCAUGUAAUUAAUAAUGAAAUAAAACAUUUUUUAAAAUGUACUUUGGUGUUUUUAGACAGCAUUCCUUUCCUUUCUGUUACAAAAAUGGGAACAUUAAGAGACAUUUCUGUUUGUUUGUGCUUGCUUGGUUAGAACAAAAUUAAGCAAAAAAUCAACUGAUAUUUGAAACUGUACAAUUAUUAAUUUUGUUUUUUAAUUAUUAUUAUUAUUAUUUUAUUUGUUUUUGUUCAUUAUUAUGGCUAGUUUCUGUAUUAAUUCCUAGUUAUAAUCAUUCAUGGUGGUUAUUCGAGCAGGUAAUAUGUGAUAUUUUCAAUAAUAUAUGAAUUUUCUUUAAAUGCCAUUUGUUUGUAAAAGUAUAUUUUAAUGCAUAGUCAUUUGAUGUAUUGUGCAGUUUGUAUAUUAAAAUGUUUUCAUCAAA